UGGUGUCAAUAGAUUGGUCGCUACAGGGGUAAUUUUUUUUUUUUCACAUAGAGGAAUCGUCAUAUAAAAACUGCAUUUUGUCUUUUCAUUGAUUACCUGUGUCUUAUAUUAAAAUGAGUUUGAUGAUCUGAAGCAUUCAAGUGUCACAAAUAUGCAAAAACACAAGAUUUCUUUAAGAGAAAGCAAUAUUUUUUCAUGGCACUGUAGAUGACUAUGACAAGUGAAACAAUACAAGCAACAUGUGGCUUCAUCAUCCCGAUAAAGUGACAACUGUCAUUAUGAAAGAGGUAAUAUAGCUUCAUUUACAUUUAUCCCCCACAGUGACUCAGCAAGAUAGAGUAUGGGAGGAUUGUAUAAAUUUAACAGAGAAAACGGAAGUGGUCCUAAAUACCAUCCCAAAACCAGCUGCUACAGUAUAAAGAGGAAGCAAGAGUGCUUAUGCUUUUCAAACCUGCAAACAAGCAGGAGAAGGAAGUGGAUAAUUACCCAACAGCGCUCUCCUUGAGAUAGUCUCUCCUUGGUAACUCCUCCGGUCCCUCCAGUGUGCCUCAGCUGAGUCCAGGUAGAGAUGAUGGAAACACUGCAGGUCCUCCGAGGUUCACUGCUGCUGCUGCUGCUGGUUGCAGGUGUUUGUACUGAGCGGUACAAACCGGUCAUCAUCGUCCACGGCCUGUUUGAAGGACCAAGACAUUACCGAACGUUUUCUCAGUACAUCAGAAAGGCGCAUCCAGACACUCAAGUGACCACGAUCUCCUUGUAUAACCAUGCAGCCAGCAUAAAGCCACUGUGGAUGCAGGUCAAAGGCUUCAUGAAGGCCUUAACCUCCAUCAUGAACAAGUCUCCCGAUGGCAUCCAUCUUUUGUGCUAUUCACAAGGUGGCGUCAUUUGUCGAGCUCUUCUCUCCACCAUUCCAAACCACAACGUGCACACCUUCAUUGCACUGUCAUCCCCACUGGCUGGACACUACGGAGAAACAGAAUACCAGAGUCUGAAAUUUGGUGCCAGAGUUAAGACAGAAGUGCGUUCUUUGUGCUACAACAGACUUGGACAGCUGAUAUCUAUUUGCAACUACUGGAAAGACCCUCACCAUAUGUCUAAGUACCGGCAGUACAACAGCUUUCUGCCACUGCUUGAUGGUGAAAAACCUCACAAACACAUGGAAGCAUGGAAGAUAAACUUCUUGCGCAUCAAGAAGCUGGUGCUGAUUGGAGGACCAGACGAUGGCGUCAUCACACCGUGGCAGUCCAGCCUCUUUGGAUUCUACGACAGCAAUGAAAAUGUCGUCGAAAUGAGAAACCAGGAGUUUUACAAGAAGGAUAAUUUUGGGCUGAAGACGCUGGACGAUCGUGGUGACGUGUCGGUUUGUGUUCGCGCUGGUGUGAAGCACACGGAAUGGCACUUUGAUUACACCGUGUUCAGCAACUGCAUUGAGAAGUGGCUCACCUGAAAACCAGGUGUUGAUAUGAGGUAGAAUCCUACUGGGGACCCAUACUGCUUACAGAUGCUGUUAUGCUUGCUAAUGCAAAAGAAGAAAAUAACAAUCAUUUUAACUGCUGCUUUUGUGACGCUCAUGAUUCCCACCAUGAAGGUCACUUUGCUCAUUUGAGUGAAAUUUUGCUAAUUUUACUGACAACUUAUGCUAGUUGGUAGACGGCCACAAUCACAGUACAGAAACAAGAUUAAUUUUAAUAACUUUGCUGCUCAUAGCAUCAUCAGGUCAAUAUUGUAACUUAUCACAGAACUAAUGAGUUGCGUCUCUUAAAAUUAAAAUUUUUAGUGUAAAUGAAUCAUUUUAAACAUUUCUUUUCGAGUCUGACUGAAAAAAGACAGAAAAACUUUGCCUGAAUCUGUACAGUGUGUGAGAGUAAAGUUAGAACGACCCAUAGACCUAUAAGAAACAAUAAUAGGAAAUACAGCAGGUUGAAUGAACCAGAAUUAUUCUUUAACUAAGAGGAUGAACAAGGCUAAACAUCAGCAUUUUAGCCAGGGCUCCAGAUUGCAACCAAAAUGGUCACACAUGCUACCUUUUUAAAAAAUUUUAAUCUCUGGUGGUUGAAUUUAUGUGAGUGUACAGACACCAUUAGCCUGAAUGAUGGCAGCUGCCACAUUAGCUAUUGUGGUUGAAAACAAUCCUCUCUCAGUCCAACUGAGAAAAUUGGGAGCAUCGAAAAGUUCAUUUAAGAAAGCAGCAGCAAGAAAUAAGCUCUCACAGUGUUUCUGUAUUUACUCUCACUGCCAGAGGGGAGAGACAAAAGUUCCACAAUAAGAUUUAAAUUGUUUAUCUGCUUUUGAAAUCAUGAAACAUGUUUAUUUCUAGUGGCAUGUCUAUUUCAUUGGAAGCAGAUAUUAGAUUGAACAAAGCCCUGUUUGUUUUUGCUUUCUUCUAAACUACUGUAAUUAAGUGUCUUUCAUCAGCAAAUGUUCGUAGAAACAUCCUCAAAUAUUAGUCUGAGGUGACUGUGAGCCAUGCACGAGGGCGAUGGUCGAUCUGUUGCUGCUCUCUGCUGGACGUUUGCGGUACUUCCUCUGAGUGAAAACUAUUGCACGCUGCCACAGCAAAUGCAACAUGAUGCACAGUGUAUGUGUAUUAAAGGCUUUUGGCAGAAUUUCA